AUGCCCAUGGGGGGAGAACGUGUGGUGUGGGAGUUUCAUAAUGUGACGCUGGAAAGGAUCCCUGGGUACGGAUUCGGGAUUGCCGUGUCCGGUGGGAGGGACAAUCCGCAUUUCACCAACGGAGACCCUUCGAUCGCCAUCUCUGAUGUUCUCAAGGCUGGUCCUGCUGAAGGGAAACUCCAGAUCAAUGACAGAGUCCUGAGUGCAAAUGGAGUUUCAUUGGAGAAUGUGGACUACUCAACUGCAGUGCAAGUCCUGCGAGAAUCAGGUCCCACACUCCACCUGGUUGUGAAGAGACGAGUCAUUCUCAAUUCCUCCCCUGAUUCCCAGUUGCUCAAGGUCACACUUUCCAAGAACAAAAAGAAGGAAGAUUUUGGCAUCAUAUUAGGAUGCAAGAUUUACGUGAAGGAAAUCACAAGUCGAAGCCUGGCCGAGAAAGAAGGUGCACUUCAAGAGGGGGACACCAUCCUGAAGAUAAAUUCAUGUUCAACAGAGAACAUGUCAUUGAAAGAGGCUCGGAAACUGGUGGAGGGGAGUCGAGAAAAGCUUCAUUUAACAGUGAAGAGGCAGCAAGGACUCACUGCUGGAUCCCCCUCUCCCCCCCAUCUUUCCUGUGGUGAACAGUCCAAAAACUCAUGGAGUAGGUCAAACUUCAUCGACAUCACCGAAGCUAGACCGUCGUACACAAGCCAGAACCUGUACGUUCAGCCUCCGACUCGAGGGGAAUCCCACAGGCCUCCACCUCCACUUCCUCCUCCACCCACUUACCCAGAAAGAGGGUUGGACAUUUCUCCACCUCCUCCUCCAAGGCCUCCACUUCCCGUACCAGAAAAUGACUACUACAACAGUCGAAGGGAAUUGUACACAGAGGAUUCCAAGCUUCAUCAAAUUGAUUCGCCACUUCCAGAUCCACGUUUUGUGAGUUUUCACAAGGAAGGCUCAGUGGGGAUUCGCUUGACAGGUGGAAAUGAGACGGGGAUCUUCAUUACGGCAGUGCAACCAGGAAGUCCAGCUCACUUACAGGGUCUCCAGCCUGGAGACAAAAUACUCAAGGCAAACCAAAUUGAUCUCAUUGUGCAAUAUAGAAAAGCUGAAUAUGAAGACAUUGUUGCAAGGCAACGUGGAGACUCCUUCUAUAUCAAGACACAUUUCAACCAUGAGCAACCACAGAAAGGAGAGAUGACAUUUCGGAGAGGAGACAUUUUUCAUGUCAUCGACACACUUCAUAAUGGAGUUGUCGGUGCUUGGCAGGUGUUCCGCAUUGGACGAAACAAUCAAGAGACCCAAGGGGGUGUGAUUCCAAAUCGUGAGAGGGCAGAAGAAUUGGCCACUGCUCAAUAUAAUGCCUCCAAGAAGGAGCAAGAGCAAGGAGACAGAACUGGGAGAGGGAGCUUCUUCCGUCGCAAGCGCAUCCAUCGACGAGCCAAAUCUCUUUCUCGAGAUCAUUGGGAUGAUGUGGUGUUUUCAGAUUGUACAUCCAAGUUCCCAGCAUAUGAAAGAGUGAGCCUGAGACACCCAGGUUUCAUGCGUCCCAUUGUGCUAUUUGGACCCAUGUCUGAUGUAGCAAGAGAAACACUGUUGAAAGAUGCCCCUGACAAGUUUGCCUCUCCUCAUCAAGAAAGUACAUCCGAAGAUGGACGGAAGCGGACGUGUGGAAUUAUCCGCCUGAGUGCCAUUCAAGACAUCAUGGAUUGUGGGAAGCAUUCUGUGUUAGAUGUGACACCAAGUGCUGUUGAUCGCCUCAACUAUGCUCAUUUCUACCCUGUUGUUAUCUUCCUUCGACCUGACUCCAAGAACAAUAUCAAGGAGCUGCGUGCCAAAUUCUCCCUGAAUGGAUACAAAUUGGGUCAGCGUAGCAGCCGAAAGCAACUGGAAGAAGCAGAGAAGCUGGAAAGACACUGGUGUCACCUCUUCACAGGCACUGUGUCCCUCAAUCAGGAAUCAUGGUUCGGGAAGAUCCGGGAAAUGAUCGAGCGACAGCAGACCCAGCCAAUCUGGAUGUCUGAGAGGAAGCUGGAGGAAAACGUGGGAGAAGAUUUCCUCUUUCCGAUGGCAUCCCGACUUUCCUAUGCCUCCUCGCCAGAGUCAGAUCUGGAAUCCAGUACGUUGCCCUCUCUCCAUCCGUCAACAAACAAAGGAGGCUUUGAGAAAGGUUUGGGACAGGAUGGGAACAGUCCAAGGUCUCUGCAUCGUGCUUCCUCCGACCCAAGCAUUGCUCCAAAUCCUCUCGAUUCGUCUCACCCGCCACCGCCAUACUCUUCUCCGGACCAGGGAUAUGAAAUAUCCCCAGGUGGGAAACGAAGCUCACAAGGAGGAGACAGCAAAUACGGCUUUUCCCCAUCCACUAUGGUUCAAUCAAAUCACCCAGCACCUAAUUCUUCAGAUUCCCCUCCUUACCCAAACCCUUACGUGCAUGUCCACCCUAAGGAGAGGGUGGUGGGUGUCCCUCCUCCAUCGAUAGACAGAGGGAACAAACCGAAGCGGAACCACAUGUCCGCCAGAGAGAGAUUAUUCCCAUCCCAUCCCAGUGGACUCCCACCUUCUAGAUUGGGCCCAUCACCUCUUUUGACUCACUCUCCUGUCCUUUCACGUUCUCCUCCAGCUCACAAACAUCCGCCAUCAUGCGAAGAAGCUCCUGGACCCUUGUAUGGAUCAUACUUCAAGUAUGACGAUACAGAUGACAUGAGAAGUGGAUCUGGAAUACCUGGCGGCCAGGUGCCAUCUCUGCACGCCCUUCCCCCUUCGGUUCAGCCCAUCAAGACGUCGACCAUCGAGAGGAGCAAGUGCGACUCCCCGCGAAAAAUCAGAGCCCCGGAUUACAAGCCGAUCCCCCCUCCGAAGGGUAUAUCGACCGGAUACAAGCCGAUCCCCCCUCCAAAACCGAAGAAUUACCGCCCCCUCCUCACCAAGGUGGACGACUACUGGCCUCAGGACGAAGACAUCCACAGGAGCAAGAGGGGUUUCAGCACCCACAUCCAAGACGAGGACACGAACGGAUUCGACUCGGGGCACGGCAGCAGUCUCGAUAGAAACUGCGACAGCCUCGGGCGAAACCGGAACGGGUACCGGAAGCCCUCGACGGGGUACUACCUGAACGUCGUCCCGCCGAAGGAACCGGCCCCUCUGGACCAUCGGGAGAACAGAGGCAGUGCUUUCGAAUUGUACAAGAAACCCCUGGAAUCUCGGUACUCGGAGUACUCGGCGAGGUAGUCGAGGACGGGAUCUGGUGCUGCCGGGUGCAGUUCUCAUUUUGUUAUUGUUUUGUGCAUCGAUGACAGAUUUUUUUUUUUCCUUGCAAUACUCAAAUGUCAAACAGGAUAUCCCGAAGUGCCAAGCAAAUGCCAUUGCUUGCAAAUUUGAUCUCUCGCCGUCCUUCUGCAUGCAAUAAAGAGAACAUUCUGGUUUUCA